UAUUUAUUCAGUUAACACACACAAACACAGAAUCUCAAACCGAGUGGUGUUUCAUUGUCAUCACAUAUAACUUUUUUUUUAUUUUCCACCUUAAACUUUGUCUGAGGUGGCGCUGCCUCCCUCUUCUCCCCCGACGAGCCGCGAAUGGACUUGGCUGAAGUAGAAGAAACUCUGAAGAGGAUCCAGAGUCAGAAAGGAGUGCAGGGAAUCAUCAUCGUCAAUUCAGAAGGAAUCCCCGUCAAGACGACUCUGGACAACUCCAGCACGGUGCACUACGCCGGACUCAUCCACCAGCUGGUGAUGAAGGCCAGGAGCACCGUAAGAGACAUCGACCCGCAGAACGACCUCACCUUCCUCCGGGUCCGCUCCAAGAAGAACGAGAUCAUGAUCGCUCCAGAUAAGGACUAUUUCUUGAUCGUCAUUCAGAACCCCUCAGACUGAACAAGGAGCAGCUGCUGCCCCCCGAUUUGUUACUCUGUCCAUCUUUCAUAUCUAAACAGCCAAACUUUUUUGUUUUUGUCUCAAUUAAUGAAACAGAACCUGUUUUAUCAGAAGCUUAUUGAUGCAUUCGCUGAAUAAAGGAGUAAAGACGGGUCUAAAGGUGGAUCAAAACUGAGUCUGGGCUCGGUGACGCUCUUUCCCCCCUUAUUCUAUCAUUCCAGUUCAGUCUCUUCUCCAUGCAUAAUGUAUGUUAUGAUACUGUGUUGAUCAUGUAUUAUAGCACAUGGCGAGAAAUACAUACCUGCUGAACUACCUUAACUUAAAGAUGCACAGUUAUAAAGGAGAGAGAGACUGCAACACCUAUUUAGAUUUAAAGAUCUUUUAGUUUUUCAAUGCAAUCUUAACAGAAAUCACGGGAUUGUUAUUUAUUGUUUAGUUGGCUUAAGAUGCUGAAGUGCAGUAUUUCAGUGGUGAACAGCGAACUACACUACAAUCGCCUCUGCUCCUGUCAUGUCACGUCCCUGUUAGCUAUUUGUAACAAAUGAAGAAAUAAAAAAAAUGUCAAAAUGUU